AUGACAGUCUGUAUAUCUGAUUCAAAGCAGAACUCAUUGGCUUUUUCAAGUGUGGAAACCACGAGUAACGGCACCAACGUGUUUGGCCGUCGGCUGCUCGUUAGUGGUAGCGGUAGUGACGAUGGUUUUAUACAGCUGGAGAACGAAUUCCGUGGUGCUGUGGCUAUUUUUACGGUUGUGAAUGCAGUAUCCUUGCUAGGAUUCGCCUUCAUUCUCACCACGUACCUGCUGUUCCCGCCUGUGCGCAAGCAACACUCGUCACUGCUUGUCUGGGUGGCACUCAUGGGCAUGCUCUUUCAUGGCACUGUGCUAGCCCAGACUCCUGCAACCUACGGUGCUUGCUGCAAUACAGCCCCAAUUAUCCAGCUAGCGCUGCUCUCGCACGAGCUCUAUUUCUCCGCACUUGCAUUCAACUUUUACUUUACUACCAAGUACCCGUUCCGAUCGUCCAGGUGGCUUAACCCGAUCUAUCACGUCGCAGUCUGGGCCAUUAGUAUUACUGUCGCAAUCGUGGCUUGGCAAAUAGGUACGGGACGAGUCAGCUCCUAUGGUUUCUGCUGGUACGCGUCCGACUACGACGUCGCCAUUGACGACGGCGAGUUUAUCCUGUUGGAAAUCUUCUUUAUUCCGAUUUGCGCAGGGUAUUGUGUAAGUAUUGGCUGGUACAUCCUAGCUACUAAACGUGUGCGGCUCACGAUGGGGGGAAUUGCCAAAACCCGCACGAAUCUGGAUUCAAUGCGCAGCUUCUUGUUCUGGAGUUUUUCUCUGUGGAUGAUCGUGACGAUCCCGUACAUCUUGCGGCAUCGUCAUGUGGUCACAGACAAUUCUGCUGCAGAGAAAGCUCUGCGGUUCUUAGGACGUGUGUCAAUCUCGUUUUUAGGCACUGGUAGUGCAAUACUCUGGACGAAAUCGAUGAGUGUUUUCAAGACUUUCAAGCUGUGGCGUCAGCGGAACUGGGAUGACUACUUUAAGGUGUAUGAUGCCUCGUGGGUACUGCGUCGUGAAAUCUUAUACUUCGCCACAAAGGGCAUUCAGCUUGGUGCUAGCAGCGCUAAGGGUAUUCCAGAGAACGAUAGCAUUAACCCAAACGUGGAGUCUAUCUUUUCGUUUACGCAGCGCUCGGGUAUUUUUCCAUGGCAACUACGACUUGGAGCCGUUUCACAGGUGCCGGGCGUGCUCUCAUUUGAGCUAGAUGGCGCUUUGUCCGGUCAGAAAGCUAUCUUUCGUGACUAUGAGCCAGAAGUCUUUCAUGAAAUCCGACGAAUGUCUGGAAUUACCCGCGAGAGCUACAUUCAAUCAUUCAAGGGCAGCACGCGCGAGCGCUUUAGCGAAGGCAAGAGCGGGUCGUUUCUUUACUAUACAGGCGACCAGAUUUUCAUACUGAAAACGUGCACGCCAGCUGAGCAGAAGUAUCUUUUGUACAUUUUGCCCCAGUACAUGGCACAUCUGCGUCGAAACCCGAACAGCUAUCUAUGUCGCUAUGUGGGUUGCCACGAGCUGGUAAUGGAGCACCACUCGGUAAUGUUUAUCGUGCUUAGCAAUAUAUUGAACAACCCGAGCGUAAAUAUUGAUGAGCUGUACGAUCUCAAAGGAGCAUGGGUUGGUCGGCACCGUGGCGACUCACCUAGCGGUACACAGCGCGUGUGCAAAUUCUGUGGUCGCGAUUUUGUGGUAGGCAUGUCCGAGGAGGUGUGCUCUCAUAACCCAAAUGCUGGAUUUGGUCACUCGGAGUUUGUUGUCGGAAAAGAUCUGAACUGGUCAUGUCGACGACUUGGACUUCCUACUGACGUAGCUGACCAACUGGGUAGUCAGUUGUACGCCGACACAGAGUUUUUGCAGCGCAUGAAUUCGAUGGACUACAGUCUGGUGAUUGGUUUGAGCCGACACAAGGCCGUUUCAAGUUCCAGUGGCGAUGGAACAGUACUGUCACAGAGUGGUGGUCCACCUGUGAAGGGGAAGCUGUUUGUGAACGGAAAUAGUGGUGACGAGGGAAGCUACAUGGAGUCAUCGAGCCCCAACGGUGCUACCCUCCAAUGUCUUAGCCGCCCUAGGGAAAACGCGACAACGUUUUGUGCUGACGCGUGUGUCGUGAACAUGGGCAUCAUUGACAUUUUAACCCCGUGGUCUUGUAAAAAGAGCCUCGAGCGGUGGAUGCGUGUGCGACUGCAAUGUCGCGACGCGAAGGGAAUUUCGUGCAUAAAGCCCAUCCCAUAUGCUGAUCGCUUCCGUCGCAACGUGAUCGAUACUGUCAUCUUUGGUCGCCGUCUAGGCUCUAAGCGACGCCAAGCGGAAAAAAAGCAAGGAGAGUCGAUUAUGGUGGAUUUUACGAGCAUAUCCAUGGACGUGAAUUUUUCUAUGGACAUUGCGAACCUAUCGAUGGAUACUACGUCGAAUCUCUCUAUGGAGAUAUAA